AAAGUCGUCCUUCUUCUCUGUUUCACUUCUCCACCGCUCGCUCGAAAUCUAUAGGGGUUUCGCGAACCUUCCUUUCGCUGCUACAUAUACAACUUUACAAUCUCAUUGCAAAAGCCUUGAAAGCCUUUUCCUUUGUAUCUUAGAGAAGAAGAAGAAGAAGAAGAAGAAGAAGAUUGUCUUUGUUUGUAGCGUUAUUGUUAAUCGUAUCAAUGGCUAAAGAAGGACCCAACUGGGAUGGAUUGCUCAAGUGGAGCCUCGCACACUCCGAUGGCACUAACCCCAGUCGCAAUUUAAGCGAGGAGGAUCGAAAAUGGUUCAUGGAAGCCGUGCAAGCACAGACUGUUGAUGUUGUUAAGCGCAUGAAAGAGAUAACUCUUGUUAUGCAAACUCCUGAGCAAGUCUUGGAGGCCCAAGGAGUUACUUCUGCUGAUAUAGAAGAUAUGUUGGACGAGUUACAAGAGCACGUGGAGUCUAUUGACAUGGCCAAUGAUCUUCACUCAAUUGGUGGUUUGGUUCCUCUCCUUGGUUACCUGAAAAACUCCCACUCAAAUAUUCGUGCAAAGGCUGCAGAAGUUGUAACAACUAUUGUCCAGAACAAUCCCCGUAGUCAACAACUAGUCAUGGAAGCAAAUGGUUUAGAACCUCUCCUUUCUAAUUUUACUUCAGACCCUGACGUGACUGUUCGAACCAAAGCACUUGGGGCAAUCUCUUCUUUAAUCCGGCAUAACAAACCAGGUGUUACAGCAUUCCGUCUAGCAAAUGGUUAUGCAGCCUUGAGAGAUGCUUUAGGUUCUGAAAAUGUGAGAUUUCAAAGGAAAGCCCUCAACUUGAUCCAUUACCUACUACAUGAGAAUGCUUCAGAUUGCAAUGUGGUAAGUGAGCUAGGAUUUCCUCGCAUGAUGAUGCACCUUGCCUCCAGUGAAGAUGCAGAGGUACGAGAAGCUGCCCUUAAGGGCCUUCUUGAGCUUGCUCGAGAAGAGACAAAAGGGGCUGAUGGCAGCCUAGGUGAAGAUGAGAAAUUGAAACAACUUCUCCAAGAACGGAUCAACGGUAUCAGCUUGAUGUCACCUGACGAUCUUGGGGCUGCAAGGGAGGAGAGGCAGCUUGUUGACUCCCUGUGGAAUACUUGUUACAAUGAGCCAUCCUUGUUGAAAGAGAAGGGGCUUCUUGUUCUUCCUGGGGAAGAUGCACCACCACCUGAUGUUGCCAGCAAGCAUUUUGAACCUCCUCUCAGAGCUUGGGCUGCUAACCCUUCCACUGAUAAGAGCCCCAGUUCUGAAAAGAAAGAGGCUCCUUUGCUUUUAGGAGGUCCUCCACCUGAGGCUGCAGAUAGUCAAAAUAAUUCAGGUGCAGGAGAGGAUGCCAAUGGACAGCCGAAUAGGUAAAACUAGAGAGAGAAUGCCAAUGGAUCUUGAAUAGACAGAACUGGGAUUUUUUUGUCCAUACGUUUUGUUGUGUACUUUUUGGAACAUCUUUCCCAUGGCUUGUCCUCACUGUUGGACUUGGGGAAAGCUGCCCAGAAUUCUUGUUUGUUUUUGCUUUAAUCUGAUGUUAAUAUUAUGGUAGUAACAGUUGAUAACCUGAAAUUUUGUGAUAUGUAUGGUUUUAGUUGUUGCUAACAGUGUGAAGCAAACAAUGUUGGUAAUAUACGACAUCUUGGUGCGCUUUGACGUACAAUAUUUUUCCA